UCACUCUACUAUCAAUGUAAAAUCCAAUUUAAUCAGUCAAAUCGCAUUUCACCUAUUCUAUCAAAACUCGCGUGAAGGCUGAUGAACUAGCCGGUUUCAAUUACUUCGUCUGGAAACCGUUCACGUUUCAAAUACGUUUCAUAAGUAACAAAAUGUUCAAGACACCAAUAUCAGGUAUUCUGUAUGGCGCGAGUAAAGUAUCCACGAAAUUGUUCGUGCCCAGUAGUGGUUUGCAUGCAACGGCGUCAAUGAAACUGAAAGAGAUUCAUUCCAACAAGGUUGGUAACAAGUUGAUUAUUGAAGGAGCUUAUACGCCGUCUCCUAGGAAAGACUAUCUUAUUCAGAAUAAUGGUGAAUGCUGUCCAUUGUGCAAUCUGGGCUUGGACGUCAAACACACGGAUGUAUUGAUCCUUAGCCAAUUUGUACGACCUGAUGGUUGUAUGAUGCCUCAACGAAUUACUGGUCUCUGUAAAACCCAGCAGAAGAAAAUGUCUAAAUUGGUGUCAAUGGCGCAUAAAGCAGGUUUAAUGUGUAAUUUAGCUCCGGAAAAUAGUAAAAAAGAUCCCACUAAAAGAAAGUUAUGGAAAAAAUACAAUACAUACUUCGAUGAAUCCACCAUUAAAGUUUACGAGAGUCAUUUCAAAACAAUAAAAGAAAACAUUUUACUAGACUACAUGAAAUCAAGAAAAUCAGAAAAUUAAUUGAUUGGUAAUAAUAAACAAUAUUAAAACUUAAGAGUAGGUACUGUAAUAUCUUUUUGUUAUUAAAAUAAAACAUUUAUAACAAAUA